CCGGCGGUGUUCCCGGACUUCGGCGACCUCAAAAGGAUGGCGGCGACGGAGUCGGAUCUUGAAUGGUGGAGGACGAUGAUCGGAUUCGACGAAGCAUCCAACGGAUCUCCCAACGGGGACGACGUCAAGCCCGCCGACUUGAGAGGCAGCGGCGUUUUUUCCGCCACCGUCCUCACCGGCGGAUUCUCCGGCUAUGUCGGUGACGGCGCCGAAAAUCCGGACUAUGUGGUAAAUUCAUUUUCAACUUGUGGGGGAAUAGCAGAUGCCAAUACAGUUGUCUGUUCCCAAAACGUCAUUACCAAGAAUUCCACCAUUUCUGCUACUAAUGAUUCCCAGUCAUCCAUGUGUGGCACUGUUGGAAGCCCGGUAUCUUCUAAUAAACCAAGUGACAGAGACAAUCAAGCCAAAGUAGCUACAAGUGGUUCCUCUGAACCUUCUGAUGAGGAUGAUGAAACUGGUCCUUGUGAACAAAGCACAAAUCCUGUUGAUGUGAAGCGCCUUAGAAGGAAGGAAUCUAAUCGCGAAUCUGCAAGGAGGUCAAGAAGAAGAAAACAAGCGCAUUUAGCUGACCUUGAGAUGCAGGUUGAAAAGCUGAAACUGGAAAAUGCAACCCUAUACAAGCAGUUUAAUGAUGUUAGACAACAAUUUCAUGAGGCGGAUACUAAUAACCGAGUGCUAAAAUCAGAUGUUGAAGCCUUGAGAGCUAAGGUGAAGUUAGCCGAGGAUAUGGUCACUCGAGGCUCUGUUACCACCUUAAACAACCAACUUCUUCAGCCUCAUUCUCAACUGAGCGCGCCACCACAGCUUAACACGACGACUAGUAGUCUGCGUCAUAUGGCUCACGUGUCGCCGACCAUCACUGUCCAUGCAAACGAUGCCUUAUACAAUAAUGGUGGUGGUGGAGGUGGACAGAAUCAUCCAGGUCUUGGUGGGCUGGGAGACUUGGAUAUUCCUUACAAUGACAUCAACAAUGGAGUCAUAAACGAUGCUCUAAACUCCAUGAACAUCUGGCAGCAGUAAGAGUUUGUUAUGCUCACUACUAGGAUUUGUGUAGGGUCCAAUUAGAUCCAACUUUAUAUUUUGUAUGUCUGUUCCAAUUAGAUUGUAUAUGUAGGUUACAUUGUUAUUGUAUUUUGGAUACAUUUCCUUUGUGGAUUAUGCUCAUUAAAAUAGUGUGUCCUUUCUUGAUGUAUUUCUUUCUUCUGUAUAAAGGGACUUGAUUGCUUUAUCCACUUCUCA